UUACAAGUAAUGUUGAAGUGGAUCAGUGACAAGGUCGGUGGUACCGAUCAGAAUGAAUAUGAUAAGGUUCUAGCUGCCUCUGCCACAGACAAUCAUAUGACACCUUCUACUGUGUUUGACGACCCAAACGAGAAGACACCGUUCAUGGCACUUGCCUAUCUCUACUUCAUUACGAUAGCAAGUGUACUGGGCCUAGGCAUUCUAGGUCUGCCCGUCAAGCUGUCACAGAGUGGCUUCACACCGUUCUUUGGAUCAUAUACCGUUUGCUUUUUCAUGCAACUUCUGUCAUUGUUCUUCUUAAUUGAAAUACUACAGCGAUGCUAUUCAACCAUUCGUGUCGACAGCGAUAUGGUAUCACCAUCCUCUUCAUUGAUUCCUUCGUCUGCGUCUGCAGUUUCAUUCAGAAGUGGAAGCAAUGAUGGCAUCAUCACUGGUCACUCAAGGUUGGAGGAGGAGGACACAAUCGAUUUGGCUCAAGACAAUGGAACUAUAUAUAGUACGUCAAUCAUGAUAUCAUAUGGAUUGGCAGCAUCAAUGGCAUAUGGCAAACUAAUUGGUGUAUCAAUGCAUUAUAUAAUACUACCAUUAAUAGUGACAUUCUCAUUGAUCGUUGUGUUUGGAGCCAAGGUAUUGCAACACAUCAUUACAGUAUUCACCUUUGCCAAAGGAUCACUACUUAUUGUCAUUGUACUGAUCACUGGAGUGGUGGCUCAACAUGUCCAACUACACAUCUCCAACGAUUGGGCAUACGUUGGACGUUCAUUCCUUAUAUCUACAGUGGCACUUGGUGGUGCUGCCGGUGUGAUCCCUGUGGUGUUCCCCAAGAUCAAGUUCAACCGUCGAGAGAUGAUGAAGUGCUACGCAGCAGUUGGUUCAGGAUUGACAACUGUAUAUGUACUCAAUGUCUUUUGGUGCUGGUUCUUGUUACGUAUCAUACCACAGAUGCCAAUACCAGAUGAUCCUUCAUAUCCAAACCUUUAUGAUGCUGGAAAUCAUCAAGAGAUUGCAACUAUUCCAUUGAUGGAUGUUAUCAAGACAUCAUAUCCACAAUACCUUUGGAUUGCAACUUGCGUUGAUAUAUUUAUUGUUGUUUCCAUUACAAUCAGUUUUAUUACAAUGGGUACUGGAUACAAACAGACAAUUGAUGGAUUCUCUGUAUCAUGGAGAAAGAAGAGUCUACAAUCAUAUGAUUCAACUGAUGACUCUGAGGAUGAGUUCAAAGAGAGGUCAUGCGGAAGUAACAUCAAGAGAAAGAUUCAAAGUAACAUCAAUGGGUUCAACCAGCUUUUGGACAGCAAAGAAGGACAAUCCCUGGAUGGUCUAAGCAUCAGAUUCAGGAUUAGAGAGUUUAUCCUCUACUUUAUUGCAUUUGGGUUCAUCUUGAUGGUGGCAAUGCUCAACCCCAAGGGAUUCCUUGUUGUGAUGGAGGUGGGCGCCAGCCUUGGCUUGAACCUCCAAUCUGGUCUAUUCAUGGUGUGGAUGCUCAUUCGCUCAAGGAAACAGUACUCCCAUUAUCCAAUACCUCUCCCGUUGCAUCGCUCACUGUACAGCACACGACACAUUGUACUAAUCUACUUUACAUUCGCUGUACUUUAUGAUGUUUAUGAAGUAAUAAUGAAGAUAGUGGCUGCUGCG